GCCAUCUUUAGAAAACAUUGGCGAGGAAGCGCUGAAUGAAACUCGAUUUCACCUUGUUAAAAAUAACUAACGUGAGAUAUUGGACUCAGUAGGCCAACUGAGAUAAUUUGGCUACAGAAGUUUCAUAAUGGGAAUCAAGGUUCAGCGUCCUCGCUGCUUCUUUGAUAUUGGGAUCAGUAACGUACUGGUUGGCAGAGUCGUGGUAGAAUUGUUUUCUGAUGUCUGUCCGAAAACAUGUGAGAACUUUCGAUGCCUCUGCACAGGUGAGAAGGGAAUUGGAAAAGGUACACAAAAACCUCUUCAUUACAAAGGAUGCCUAUUCCACAGAAUUGUGAAGGACUUCAUGAUUCAGGGAGGAGACUUCAGUGAAGGCAAUGGAAAAGGAGGUGAAUCUAUUUAUGGAGGAUUCUUUGAAGAUGAAAGCUUCUCCCUCAAACAUAACAAGGAGUACCUCCUGUCAAUGGCAAACAGGGGCAAAGAUACAAAUGGAUCACAGUUUUUCAUAACUACAAAGCCCACACCACACUUGGAUGGUGUCCAUGUGGUUUUUGGCCAAGUGAUCUCUGGCCAAGAGGUCAUUCAAACAAUGGAGAGUCAGAAGACUGAUGCGGGCAGUAGACCAUAUUCUGAAGUGAAAGUUCUGAACUGUGGAGAGCUCAUUCCAAAAUCAAAAGCAAAAAGAGAAGAGAAGAGACGUCAAAAGGUUGUCUCCAGUGACAGUGACAGCUCAAGUGACUCUGACAGUUCUGAUGACGGCUCUUCUGAAUCAGAGGGUGACUCUGGUAAAGAAUCAAAGAAACGGAAGAAGAGGCCCAAGAAAGAAUCCAAGAAAAAGAAGGACAAGAAACCUAAGAAGAAAGAUAAAGGGUCGGAAGUGGGCAGUGGUGAUGAGAAAGGUGAGGAUGAGGUUACCUCUACAGUGCGACCAGAAGAAAUCCCUCCCAUCCCAGAAAAUAAGUUUCUUAUGAGGAGAAGUCCACAGCAACAAAAAGAAGACAUUGGAAAAGAGAAGGAAAAAAAGAGGGAGAGGGAUAAGCCUAGGGAGAGCCUGUUUAAUUCUCAGUCAGUAUAUCAGAGGAGGCUAGUGAUGACAAGAUCUGGCAGGAAAAUUAAAGGCAGAGGUCCUAGACGGUAUCGAACUCCGUCUCGCUCACGGUCCAGGGAUCGUUUUUGCCGCAGCGAGACUCCUCCUCAUUGGCGCCAGGAGAUGCAGCGUGUGCAAAGGGCACCUAGAGCAUCUGGUGGAGAGCGUUGGAUCAAGGGUGACAAGGGUGACAUGAAUGAGGGCAGAAAUGAGAGUGGCAAAGCUCCAAGAGGAAGAGAGAGGAAAACCUCUGAAAACGCUGCUGAAACCCCCAGUAAAAACAGAGAGACUGAGAAAAAAGGUCGCUCCCAUAGAUCAAAGAGCAAAGAAAAGGACACUUCCAAAUCUGAAGACAAGCACAACAAACACAAGACAAAGAAGGCCAAAUCCCGAAGCCGUAGUAAAAGCAAAGACAAAAGUGGUAGGUCUAGAAGCCGAGAACGGGAUCAGAAACAUGGCAAAGGGGAUGAAAAGAGGGGCCGCUCAAGAAGCAAGGACCGAAACCUUCAUAAAGAAAAAGACAAGGCUGCAGAAUCUGCAUCUCAAGAUCGUAAUAGAAGUAAAGAGAGAGCUGACAAGAGCAGAGACGAUACAAAAGGAAGAAAUGGUGAGAAGCUUAGGACAAAGUCUUCAAGCAAGGAGAGGAACUCUGCCAAAGAAAGAAACCGAUCCAAAAGCAGAAGCAGGGACAGGGGAAGACGUGCCUCCUCCCGCGACAAAGACCCAGGGCGGGACAGGGAGCGAGCUAGGGAGCGCAGUAAGAGUAACGAAAGACAGCGUCACCGAGAGAGAGAGGACAAGAGGAGAGGUAGAUCCAAGAGCAGAGACCGGACAAGGAGUCCAGACAAGAAUAGGAGCAGGGACUCUCGUAGAGGCAGGCGCUCCAGAAGUAGGGAUCAUAGCAAAGACAGUUCAUCUCAUCAAAGAAAAAACAAAGACAGUGAAGAUGCUCACAGACGAAGGAGGUCCAAGAGCAGCGCAUCUCAUAGUGAAGGGGAGAGCAAAGGAAAGGAGCGCAACAGAAAGAGCCCAAUCUCCAAGAAGAAGCGGGAGAGUAGCCCAGAAAGGGAGUCUUCUCACAAGUCCAAAGACACAGGAAAAAACCGUGAGCGGAAUCAAAAGUCAAAGAGCCUGGAGAAAGAGAAAAACCACAGCAAGAAAAAUAAAUACAGCUCAAGUUCUGAUGACAGUGAUUAAGCUAAUCCAGUAUAUGUUUGGUCUUGUUCAUCCUUUGAACUGAAGCUUGUACAAACUGAGGGCUGAUAAUAUGUAAGAGUUUGCUGUAGAGCGAUUUUAGACACUCAUUAGAUAUCUGCUGGCUUCACAACAGAUCCAAUUCUGGAAUAUUUGUACAAUUCAAGAUUUGACAUCAGAUAAGAGCCAUUGUUUGUUUAUUUUCCAUAUGUGUUGUUUUUUUUUUUGUUUUUUUACAGACAAUUUUAUUAAUGUUAAGAAUGUAAGUAAUGUGCAUUGAUGGCCAGUGGUGAAAGGAAGUAGCUAAAUGAUUACUGGUGGGACAGGUUUCUGUUAGAGGAACAGUUCUAGCUUUAAAAUAUGUCAAGUUUUAUUUUUUGGUCCCCUUUCAGUCUGGUCUCCUACUGAGAGUAUAUGAUUCCAGUGUGAUAAUUUUAAUGGGCAAUGGGGAGUAUGUUCUUUUCUGGACUUAUCUGUCUGACUGAGUAAUUACAAGAAUCAUCAGUAUGACUAAUCAUAUGGUUGGGUUAACAUUUUCUUAUCUUCAAUUACCAACUGUUAUUUGUCGAAGAACAUACUGUGGUACAUAAAAAGGUAUUAAAAAUGCUUAUCACUUUUGGCUAACUUAUUUUUUUACUGAAAUUAUGGUGGAGAUUUCACUUAAAGGGCAGCUGAUAAAAGCUUGUUUUUGUUAAAUGUUUGCGGCGUUAUAAAUGCAAAACAGUUUUAUUUGUUUAUGACAUUUCAGGGAGAUUUUGUUCCCCAUCUUUUCUCAAGUGAGUUAGAAAACUGCAGCAUAAUUAGGUGGACGGUGCUGUUGAGUUAAAUUAGUAUUGUGAUUUCUAAGAUUUUUGUAUGCAUUUAUGUGUUAUGUUCAGACUGUCCCCAGUGCAUAUUUUAAAAGGUUUACAAUUCUGCACCAGAGUGAUGUGUAAAUACAUUACUGUGACUUUCCACCAUUUUAGUCCAUAUAAGGGGUUGAAUUCCUGGGCAUGACUUUCCUUUGAACUCUAAACAACUGCUGGCUUUGUAAAAACAGGCAGUAUUCUAUAUAUUCCCUAAUGAAACCUCUGUUUAAAAAUAAAAUUAUAACAGUUAA